UUCACUGAACAAUUAAUACAUUAUAUAUGGGGCAUGACAUAUCUUGGCAAAAACAUGUUUAUUAUCAUUUUUGCAACUUAAGAAUUAUUUGUAUCUUUUCAGAUAAAAAUGGAUAAUUUCUUUUAUAAGAUUAAAGAAUCGAAUGAUGACAAAAUCAAGAAAAUGUGUGAAAUAAAAUUGCAAGAAGGGUAUACAAAAUACCUUGAAGAAAACAUAAACAGCAAGCGAUAUGAAAUUACAGGUGGAUAUAAAAACUUUAAACGAGAUAUUGAUAGGUUAAAGCAAGAGUUUGACAGUGUUCAUCGAGAUUUCAAGGAUUACGAGAUCAUGUGGACAUGGCAUGGAUUUGUACAAAGUAUAAAGGAAACUGAAGCCUUAAUAAUCAAAGCUGAUGAAGAUCUGUCACAAAAAGAGAAAGAAGAGGAGCAAAAGCGAAACGAACAACGCUUUGACAAAAUGUUAAAGAACCAGGAGAACAUACAGGCGAAAGCACUAGAAAAACAAAAAAAUGACAUGCAGAGUCAUUACAAUCAACUCGAGAAUAAACGAGAUAAGCAACUCAAACAGGAAAGACAGAAAUACCAGGAUUUGAUGGUAGCCAAAUUGAAUUUCGAAAAAGAAACAGCGCAAAGGGAAACUGAAAGAUUUAGAAAAGAACAAGAACAAAAACAGAUGGAAAUGAUGAAAGAGAUGGAAAAAGAGAGACAACGACAUGCACAACAGAUUGCAAUGUGUAUGGACAGAAUGAAUGACAGAGAUAGUUGUAUAUUAUCUUAAGGAAAAAGUAGUUAAUG